AUGAUCUCACAGCAUCCUGUGCAUGCUCGCAGGAAACCACAAGCUAGGCAAACAACAGCAAAUGGUCUACUCACACCUGGUGAUGCCCUGCUUGGCCGAGGCAGGAGCAUGUCAGCCAGCAGCAGACGAUCUCGACCGCCUUCAGCAUGUGGUUCACAACCGCGUGGUAAUAUCAGUCGCGCACGCUCACCUCUAGCAGCCCAUCCACCAUUGGCCUCAACUGAGAUAGCUCAGAUUGCUGCCAUAGCUCCCAUCAGCAUUCCAUGUACACCAUCAUCUGAUGGCUCCCUCAAUGAACCUAUAACUAUCGGUGUGCGUCGCCAAAGGGUGGAUUCCAGUGUGAGUCUGGGUUGCCCUGUUACCCUUACGCCCCGCAGCACGAAACGGCUUAAAGUCUAUGCAAAUCAAGUUGCGGAGGAAGUUGGUGUUCCAAUCACCAGUCUUCACGAGUUUAUCAAUUGUGGAGGCAUAUACCAGAUGCUUGUCAGGAUUGUAGCCCUUGUGCUCAAGAACGACGGUGACGAAAAACUUAGAUUGCUCGCCAAUCUGAAAGAGUUACUGGGCUCUAAAGAUUUCAAGUCUGCACUUCAAAACUGUCUGACCGCAUGCAUGCUUUCGCCCAAUAUCACUGCAUACGUGACAGAUACACACCCACAGAUCUUGAAAUUCAUCAAGAAACACCAAGAUGUAUUCAAAGUUCCGGUGUUGCUGUUCGAAGACGUGGAACUCACCGCACUUUUUGCUAAGGUUGUCAGCGAGUCUCUCUCUACAAUCUGUGGCAAUAUGAAAUCUAAGUUGACUGCAUCUAUUGCUAAAUGCACCAGUAUCACAGACGUGGCCAGAUCCUUCACCCAUGGUUGUAUUGAAGUUGACGCAGCUCAUUGGAACAGGCUCGCGUUUUUGCAAUGCUGCUUGCGUGUCUACUUACUCGGCACUGAUAACUACAAAACUGUGCCUCUGCGUACUCUUUACUCCCCCCUGCUUGUACCUUCUCUUCCGAAAGAAGUCCGCCAAAAAAUCAGACCACAGCUUGGCAUCGACAUCAACAAGAUAGAGCACAACAUGCUCGACAGUGACGCCGAAGAGGACAACAAUGACACUGAUGCCUUUCAAGAUGAUAUCGCUCAUGAAAAUGCAGCCCCCAGGAAUGUUGAUGGCGACGAUGGCCAUGAUGGGAAUGAGAACGUUGAUGCAGAUGCGGACCACGAUAAGGACGACGCAGACUUCGAGGCUGAUGUGAACGAUGCGGCGGACAUUAAUGUGGACGGAUCGAUCGUCACAGAGAAAGACCUCUACACGGCGGGAAGGUUUUGGAAUUUUGUAGACUCCUCACUCGCAGGCGUGCACAAGGCUGCGAAGGAACAAGCGAUGGAAGACAAGGGUCUAGCGUAUGAGAAAGCAUAUAGUGACAUCCUUGUGCAGUACCUACAGCAGGAUCUUUCUGAUUUUCCUGGAAAUACCAAAGUCCCAACGCUCCUCUCCACCAACCGCCCCCAGUGGCAAUUGACCAUUCAGAACCAACUCCUUUGGAGCCACGUGUAA